AUGAAGGCAAGCUUGGGCCUUCUCUUCGGCGCGAAAAUAGAUGACAGGGCUCUCGAGAGCCAAAGCGCUCCUGUGUAUCAGCAUGUCAAGGGCAGCGCGUGGGUCCUGCGGGAUGAGCAAACGCGCUGCUCGAAUGUUCGAGCGCGGCGUGACCGCGGUGUGCGUCUGUAUGACGAAGGCGAUAGCGCCGCCUGGCCCGGUUUUGCUCCCGUGCGCUGCGUCAAAGGGGAAAAGUUCGCGGAUGGCAGUGUGAACCAUGAUCCGGAAAACUAUUCCGACCCGCGAGUCACGAAUUGGAGUGGGGAAGACGCCGCCACGCCCGCGCCGUCCGCCCCCGCGCCCGAUGAUAAGGAAGAGAGAGACAAGGCGGUCCAGAAGUUUCUGGCAAGAGCCGAGCUGGGCAAGAGUCUGUUCUCGUCCAUUCUAGCUCCGCCACCCGCUAAGCGCGCCCGCACGAUUCAUAAUCCGGAGGAUCCGCCAGUGCCUGCACCUACAAAGCCUCGCGCGCCUUCUCCUCCCCCGCGGAAAGCUGCAAAAUCAUCCCGCGGAGGUGAGGGUACUUCGAAGUCGAAGAGCCGCCGGGGUAAGGACGGCGGUAAAGGCAAGAGCCGCCAGCACGCUAACCGCCAGACGGCGGACGUGGAUAUUGAUAUGAAGGCUGCCGCUACGCUGACCUCCUUCCUGAUGUCAUCGCGACCAUCGGUCAGCGCUUCGUCGCCGCGGUCCAGCAUAUCGGCCGGGUCAGACGCAGGAUCGGCGCAUUCAUACGCCCAGUACGCGCAAAGCUCAGCAAGGACGAUAACGGCAGAGACGUCUGCGCUCCCUGAAACCUCGUAUGGUAUGCGCGAGGCGACACCCCCGCCGAUGUCUCCCGUUGAGUCGGAUCUCCGUCAGAGCUAUCCUCAACCCAGUAGCGUGCGCGAAGAAGACAAGUUGACGCCACCAAAGUCGCGCAAGCGCCCUUUUCCCACCACGGGAGAUUCGGGGACCCCGCAUGUGCCGAGCGAUACUGAAGCCGCGGAUUCACUCCUGUUCCUGGCAACGUCACCGUCGCCCGUACGUGCUGCUGCCGCUGCAAGGGACGGAUCCUCAAAGGACCUAUCAUCGUUCCGCACUCUCAGCGGCAGCUCGACGCUCAAGGGCCGCGUACUCUUCCCCACGCAAGGAGGAGGCGACGAUGCGUCCAGUGCGGGUAGCAGUCGUGCCUUGCGUAGAGACGACAUGGGUAGCUUCACGUCGACUGCUUCUGCCGGUUCGAGCGACUUCGCGCCCGAGGGGAGUUUCCCCAACGUGUACAAUAGACACAUAGGGACUCGCCCUCAGCAUACAUCGCUCGACGCUGGGCUGGCUGCUGCUGCUGCUCAGCUUCAGCGUCCACGGGAGCCAACAAUUACACCGCCGACGCCGAUAGAAUCUAUGCCUACGCAACUACUUCCUGCUCCUCCUUUAGCAUCGGCUACGCAUGUUCCUAUACAUGCCCCUGCAUCCGCACCUGCGCCUACACCUGCACCUGUGUCAGUAUCCAUACCUGCAUCGGAGAUCCUGCCUGCGGCUCCCGCUCGUUCAGAUCUAGCGCAACUGGCAGAUGCACGCGCAUCUAGCCCACCACAUACGGACUCGAAGAGGUUGGCUGACGCUCCACCUACGCCUGGCAAUACGUUCGAUUUCAGUGACUUUCUCAAUGUGUCGCCGUCACCCGCUACUGCCAUACAGCAGCCUUCGAGGCUCAUCCCCCUAGAUUUGGGACGAAGGCUCUUUGAGGAACUUCAAGGCGGGCAGGGUUCAGAUGCAGAUGUUGCGGCAGCCGUGCAGAAUGGGCUCGGAGCCGGAAUUGAUUUGCAACGGCAUUGA